CCUCUCCUCCCCUGGAACUUGCUUCACACGGUGUCCAUGGCAUAUCACGUUUGGCCGAACGCCCGUAGUAAUUAGGAUCAAUUAUGGCACCGAUAGUAAAGGUCGCUGUUAUUCAGCUCUACCCAAAGCCUCUGCAACUUGAGCAUAACUUCAAUAAAGCUGCAAACUACAUUCGUUCUGCCGCCCAACAGGGUGCAGAACUCGCGGUGUUACCGGAAUAUCAUCUUACCAACUGGCUACCGAAAGACCCAAACUUCAUCGGCCUGUGCGAGCAAUGGGAGACCUAUCUCAAGAAAUAUCAAGAAUUAGCCAAGGAAUGCGAGAUUUGCAUCGUCCCAGGCACCAUUGUUGAGACACAUAGCGGUGCUGAGAAGGAAGAGGAUCGGUUGCUCAACGUAUCCUAUUUCAUUGAUCACACUGGUGCGAUUGUGGGAAAGUAUGUCAAGAAGAAUCUAUGGGGACCCGAACGUGAGCAUUUGACGGGCAGUGGAAGAGAUGUCCACGAGGUUUUUGACACGCCAGUUGGGAAGGUAGGGUUACUGGUGUGUUGGGACCUUGCAUUCCCUGAGGCUUUCCGUGAGUUGAUCGCGCAGGAGGCGAAGCUAAUCAUCAUUCCCACGUUUUGGACGUUGAGGGAUUGCAACGAGGAAGGGUUGGCGCUGAACCCAUCGGCCGAAGCCUUGUUCUUGGAUAGUGCUUUGACGGCAAGGGCCUUCGAGAACACCUGCGCCAUCGUCUUUGCAAAUGCUGGUGGGCCACCAGGUCGCGGCUAUGCCGGUCUAUCCCAGGUCGUAGUUCCAUUCGCUGGACCGUUAACGAGGCUCGGAAGUUGUGCAGAAGGUAUGAGCGUUGUGGACAUCGACAUGCAGAUUUUAGAGGAUGCGGAGAAGAACUAUCAGGUCAGGGCAGAUUUGGCUCGGGAUGAUUGGCAUUAUGAUUAUAGGCAUUCAAAGAAGGAUCAGGCCGCGAACAAGGGAAAGCUGUGAAGUGCAUUUGUUACAUCUAGUGCUUGACAAUGGACUCCUCACAGUCCUUUGAGACUCGUUCUCUGCCUGUUGCUGCUCUAAUACCUAUACGUCGCGUACAAUUACAAUUUACCUCAAAAGCCUCAAGUUAAUAUCAUGGCGAUACAUAAU